CAUGCGCCCCUGUAAUCCUGCAUACAGCACAGAGCACAAUACGCAGUGGAUUGGUGUGCACGACUCGAAUACCAAGAGGCGUGGUUUGAAUAGAUGGACCUGUUCCAACAUGCCCCCCUCUGCUGCAUAAUACAGAGACGCAGUCUUUAUAUACCACAUAGAGGGGGUCUGUACACCGACAAAGAAACGGGCGCACUCUGGUGUCGAAGCCGUAGACGAUGGUGCGCGCCAUUUUGUUUAGUGUCCGCUGGACGCGUCGUGCGUCGGGGUGUUGCGGGGUUGUUUUCAUGACCGUCAACAAAAAGAUAUUCGCGGGUCUCUCAGCUCGCCUACAACUCUGACAGAUACAUAUUGUGGUCACGUUCGAGAUAGUGUAAUACGUGCAUAUUCAUCCGUAUGAUUAUUGUGACGUGCAAAGCCAGGAUAAUUUCUCUGAGAGAGUCCAAGACUCUCUCGUGCAUCUUUAGUGUCAGAGUCAGCAGUUGACGAGGACUUCGCAAAUGCAUGGCGCCAGUCAGAACUUUAUGGAUACUUCGUAGGGAAUCGUUGUCGUUGUCGGCGGAAAUUUUUUCUACAGACAUUGAAUACGGAAAGGUAAACGAGAAUGCGCACCCCUGCUGAGACCGAGACACUACCUCAACCUGAGAUGUAUAAACUCGAAUUUCAGGAAACGGAAGCGUCGUCGGGUGUUAAUCAAGUAGUCUUAUCACCUUCACACCCGGAAACGCAUAUAUUUACUAAUAGAAAGACGCGGAACGACGAUGCGGCCGCUCCAAACAACGUCGGUACGAGGAGCAUGUUAUGCAUUCAAGAAGAAUUGGGCCAGUUGAGUGGUAUUGCGGGUGGUCCUAUCAUCACUGAUUCACGUGAUGUUCAGUUACCCAAUGACAGUCAUACAAAUUCUGAAAGCAAUAGUAAUUCCACUGAAACUCCAACAAAAUGUACUCCAGGUUCUGUGACUCUAGAUGCACAAAGAACAAGUUGGGUUGAGGGUAUAUUAGGAUGUAUGCGUCCAGUUUGGAGUAUGCUUUCAAAAGCAGCUGUAAAUGAAAAAAUUAAAGGACAUCAAACGGAUGAUUGGGAAAUACCAUUUGAAUCAAUUAGUGAACUUCAGUGGCUUGGAUCUGGAGCUCAAGGAGCAGUAUUUAGUGGAAAAUUAAACAAAGAAGUUGUAGCGGUAAAAAAAGUACGUGAACCACGGGAGACUGAUAUACGGCAUUUACGAAAGCUUAAUCAUCCAAAUAUUGUACAAUUUAAAGGAGUCUGUACGCAAGCACCAUGUUAUUGUAUAGUAAUGGAAUUUUGUCCAUAUGGGCCAUUGUAUGAUCUUCUUAGGGCUGGAGAACCAGUUCCACCCCCCAGAUUGGUAUCAUGGUCGAAACAAAUUGCAGCUGGAAUGGCCUAUCUUCAUGCACACAAAAUUAUACACAGAGACCUUAAAAGUCCAAAUGUGUUAAUAGGACAAGGAGAAGUAGUAAAAAUUAGUGAUUUCGGAACAAGUAGAGAAUGGAAUGAAAUUAGUACAAGAAUGAGCUUUGCUGGAACUGUUGCGUGGAUGGCCCCAGAAAUAAUUAGAAAUGAACCCUGUUCUGAAAAAGUAGAUAUAUGGUCGUAUGGUGUUGUUCUGUGGGAAUUAUUAAGUGGAGAAAUACCUUACAAAGAUGUAGAUUCGUCUGCAAUUAUUUGGGGUGUGGGUAACAACUCUCUUCAUUUACCAAUUCCUGCAAGUUGUCCGGAAGGUUACAGGUUGCUUGUAAAACAAUGUUGGGCUGCAAAACCACGUAACAGGCCUUCUUUUAAACACAUUGAAAUUCACCUUGGCAUUGCAGCAGUUGAAGUACUAUGUACAAAACCUGAUGAUUAUUUUAAGACACAGCAAUCUUGGAAAAAAGAAAUCAGAGAUCACAUGAAACAAAUGCAAACAAACAGUUGUAGUAGUCCAAGAUUUGAAGCUGAUCUGAUCAGGCGACGCGAGGAUGAACUGAGGCAUGCUCAAGAUAUUCGAGAACACUAUGAACGUAAACUUGAGCGUACUAAUAAUUUGUACUUAGAGUUAAGUGCUGUUUUAUUACAACUGGAACAACGUGAACGUGAUGUAAUCAAACGGGAACAACAAAAUGGAUAUAAACAGUGUAAGAAACGGCUUGUUCAUCCACUUUUAAAAGCUCAAGAAAGACUUCAUCGUCGACGUAAUCCUACAACACAAUUUUCAACAUCAUCUACACCAACAACUCCACCGUCACCAACGGAUUGUCCACAGAGUCCAGUAAAAGCAACUAUGUACACACAAUUAAACGAAUCCAAUCAGCCAGAGACAGUUUUAGCCCCUAGUAAUAGUUUUAAACAACGCAAAUACAGACAUCGUAGAGUAGGAUCUGGAUGUGGUGUGAGUUCUAGCCCAAGAUCAAGUCCUCAUCGUGAAAGAAAAAGUACGGAAGUAUGUGCACGUUUUGUGGACAGUCAAACCCAAACAGAUAUAAUGCACAUCAGUGAAACUGAUUUCAGUCCUAUUACAAAUACAACAGCAGUAUCGUCAACAGAAAAGCUUUCUGUAAAUAGCACUAAUAAACAGUCAUUAAGUAAACAAGUACCAGAGUGUUUAAAUGGAAACUCAAUUUUGUCCGAAGCUCAUUAUAGAAUGCAAUCUAGUCCAUGUUCCAGCCCUGAACCUUCAAAUGAAAAUCACGCAAAUGGAAACGAACGUUUAAAGGACUGUAGCGAUGAUGAUAACCUAGAAACACUUGGCCGAAAAGUUAGUGAAAUUAUCAACGCCAAUCGCCUUAUUUCUCCCAUAGAUAAUGGAAAUUGUGACGAUGUGAUAAUAUCACAUAGAGGUAAAGAUGAGUCUGGACAUUUUUGUGGAAUUAUCGUCAAUGGUACUAAUGUACAGCAAGAGCAAUCUGAAAUUAAAACACGGCCUUGCUCUGAAAGCAUAGAUCCUUUAUGCGAUCGUGAAGAUGAUGCUUGCGAAGAAAGCUGGUCAGACGAAGAAGGCGAAGAUCCAAGUUACACAUAUAAUUAUUCUCUUAGAAGAAGAAGUAUUGCAAGAAGACCAAUUGGUCCUGGAUGUAGAUUAAGAAGAUUUAAACACGCAACAGUACGAAUAGAACGAGUGUUACCUUCCGAUGAGGAAAACACUUCUGAAUAUUCACAUCCUCCGUCCAGUCAGUCAUCCACGUUAGAGAGUAAUCCUGAUAUGCAAAGAGUACUUCGGAACAUUCGUUAUUCUCACAAGAGAAAAGGAAUAGAUGAUGUUUCUGAUACGUCGAGUCAAUCAGAAACAGACGAAGUCAGUGAGAUUACAAUUGCAUCUCAACCAGUAGGUGCAAAUUUGAAAGUAGAAAGCAGCGUCUAGGUUAAUAUGAUUUUUAUAUCUCACCACAUUUAUAAGUGAUAUAUUAUAAGUACCUAAUAGCCAGUGCAUUUCUGUAGUGUAUGUUCUCAUUCUAUCUUAUGUUAAAUAUUGUAGAUAUUACCCAUUUAAGAUAUAUGUUAGAUAUGUAUGUACAUUAA